UUUUGUUUGAAAUGCAUGCAUGUGGAUUUAACCAUUCCUUAUUAAUCUUGAAGCAGCAGAAGAACCAGCUUUUGACAGGAUGCCAUUGGAAAGAAUGAACUCCCCAUCUGCUGUACCUACUCAGCUUUCAACCAGUGUCUCAAUUCUUCCACCUUCUUCAGUGUCAGCAUCUAUUACAACACCUUCACCAGCACCUUCCCUUUCCCCAGUCUCUGUGACAAUACAUGAACAUGAUGUAGAACCUGGUAAUCAGUCACGCCCAACAUUAUCAUCUAGCUAUUCAAAGCAAUUUCAGAAAUCAUUGCCUCCAAGGUUUCAAAGACAACAGGAGCAAAUGAAACAGCAGCAGUGGCAGCAACAGCAAGGUGUGCUGUCUCAGCCUGUUCAAUCUCAGCCAUCAGGUAGUCCUGUCCCUCCACCACAACACAGACCUCUGUACCAGUCUGUGGGACCUCAUCCUCAGCAUUUGGCUUCAAUGGGCUUUGACCCCCGCUGGCUAAUGAUGCAGCCUUAUAUGGACCCCCGCAUUAUAUCUGGCCGACCUAUGGAUAUGACGCCUAUGCAUCCAGGGAUUAUACCAACUAAGCCUUUAAUGAGGAGAGAUCAAAUAGAGGGCCAAACUGCUUCCUCUGAGCCCUUUGAGCACAUGACACAACCAAUAAGAGAUUCUGGAAUUCCAUUAUCUGAACCUCGUGUGAUGUGGGGAACUGAGUCUUACCAACAUAAAGAUCUUCAUCAGGUUGCCACUUCCCCUAAAGCACCAGAAAAUGCUAUAGAUUUCAGAAAUGAGAAUACUGUUGAGCAACAAGUUAUCCCUGAAUCCUACACAGUAGAACAUAUCUCCUUUGAACCACAAACCAAAUCUGAUUUUUUCUCAGACUCUCAAGAGCUUAACCUUCAUACAUCACAAUUGCAGCAACCAGAAUCUGUUGAAUUUCUUCAAUCUGAAGAAUUAUCUAUCUCAGUUUCUUGCUUUCAGCAAUCACAAAAUCAGUACUCUGUGGCAGAGGACACCCCUAAUGCUGAUACUUACCCUACCUUAAGCAGAAGCAUUUCAAAUGAUUCAAUUCAAAACCUAAAACUGGAGAAGAGAAGUGUUGAGGCAGUGACCUUGAACCCCAAAGUUCCCAUUAGACUAUCUGAACCCAUACAAGAUGAUGCAGAUGACAAAGCAAUUAAAGAGUGUUUUCAGUCACCCAAACCCACAGAAGUUUGCAAAAGUGAGAAACCAUUCAAAGCCAAGUCUGAAACUAGAUGGGGUCCUCGCCCAGGGUCCAGAGGCAGAGAGGAUAGACCUGUGAGAAGGUCUGGCCCAAUAAAGAAGCCUGUUCUUCGUGAUAUGAAAGAAGAAAGGGAACAGAGGAAAGAAAAAGAAGAGGAACAUUUUUAUCAUGAUAAACCUGUUAAACAAGAGAAAACAGAAAGGAAAUCCUUAACUUCACCAAAUCCUCUAGAUGAAAUUCCUAUGCCUGAACAGCAGCAACCAAUCCCAGAAACAGAGUCUCAACCUAAUGCAUCACAAUCAAGCUUGUUGCAUUUAGAAACAUUAGCAGAAAAUACUGUGGGGUCUGUUUCCAAACCUUUGGUACAGCCAGUAUUAGUCACUCAUUCAAAUAAGGAAGAUAAGAAUAUGCAAGUGGUACCCAAAGAACAGUCUUUUGAUACAUCUAAACUAGAAACCAAACCUCCAGUAGCAUCCAUUCCAUCACAUGCCACAGUACCACAUCGUAGGGAGCAUGGACUUCCUCCCAGGUCAUUUAGAAAGGAAUUUAGGGAUAGAGAUUGGUUUCCAGAUCAAGGAUACCGUGGAAGAAGCCGUGGUGAAUAUUACUCCAGAGGCCGAAGCUACAGGGGGUCAUAUGGUGGAAGAAGCAGAGGAGUAAGAGGGCCAAGUCGUGACUACCCGCAUUAUAGAGAUACCAAGCAGCAAGACCUUCCUGGAGCCAUAAGACAUAGGGAAGAAAGUGAAACACGGAGUGAAAGUUCAGACUUUGAAGUAAUGCCAAAAAGACGUAGACAACGAGGAUCUGAAACAGAGACUGAUAGCGAGGUUCAUGAGAGUGCCAGUGACACUCCUUUGUCUGACAAAGAGGGUGUUGGCAGAAUUAUGCCCCAUAGAGAUGAGCGAAGUGAAGAAAAAAACCCACCAACUAAUCUUCCAGUUUUAAAAUCAGAAUCUGUAGGAUCAAUGUCUGAUAUAAGGAUUGAAAGAUCUUUCUCUAGAGAGGAUGACUCUAAAACGAGACCUGGCUUCUUGCCAAAAGGUGAGCCAUCUCGAAGAGGAAGAGGUGUGAGUGGAUUCCGACAUAGAGGCAGAGAACCAGGAGUCCGUCCAGCACGGCCACCUCCACCUAGGAGACCUGGCUAUAGGGACAAUCAGUGGAUUACAAGGCAACAGGAGUCCAGACAUCCUCCACAGUCAAGGAUGGAUGAAGGUGUAAUUAGGGAACAGGAGCACUUAACACUACCAUCUAGGGAUAAGAGACAUUUGAACAAAUAUGAAAGAAAGUUUGAUAUAACAAAAGAGAGACCCAAGAAACAAAGGCUAGCACGUCCACCAAGGCAGGAUAAGCCUCCUAGGUUCAGGCGUUUAAAAGAGAGAGACAGGGAUGAUACAGGUAAACCUGGAGAAACUAUAGUUUCAAAUCAAGGAGUUCCAGUUUUAGAUGUUUCUCAUGAUCUUUCUUCAGAUUUAACAGGAAACAAAACACCAGACCUUUCCAAUCAUAAUUCUUCUGAUCAGGCCAAUGAGGAAUGGGAAACUGCUUCUGAAAGCAGUGACUUCAAUGAAAGGCGGGAGAGGGAUGAAAAUAAAGUAGCCUCUUCAACUACUACUCAGUUGCUUGUCCACACAAAGACACUAGAAGGUUUGACACAAUCUCCUCCAAAGAGAGAGUGUACUAAAAGAAGCUUUUCCAGUCAAAGACCGGGAAUAGAUCGUCAGAAUCGCCGUGUGAAUGCUGGACCACAGAAACCUGGCAGACAUUACUCUGGGCCAAGGGGUGAAAGAAGAAAUGGUACCUCUUUACAGAGAGGAAAAAAAGGGCCGCUUGAUGAACAUAUUCCAGGAAUAUCUAUAGUAGAUCAUUCUGUUAGUGUAACUAAUCACUAUCACUCAUACCACUUAUACACUGAAGAAGCUAGCAAUGCUUUAGCACCACAGAAAGGUGGCAGAGAGUCUGCUGGCAAGAAGAAAGAAGAACCUAGGCCCAUAACAAAGAAGUCUAAAGAAAAGGUGGAUGCCUUGUCACAGUUCGACCUAAACAAUUAUGCAAGUGUUGUUAUUAUAGAUGAUCACCCUGAGGUAACAACCCUUGAAGACUCUCAGUCUAAUAUCAAUGAUGGUUUUACAGAAGUAGUCUCUAAAAAGCAGCAGAAACGUUUGCAGGAUGAAGAACGUAGGAAGAAAGAAGAGCAAACUGUACAGAUUUGGACCAAAAAGGGUUCAACUGAAAAAGGAAGAAAUCAGAAUUCAAAACUUCCACCUCGGUUUGUGAAAAAGCAACAACAGCAAGCUGCUGCUUUACAGAUCCAGUCUCCUGUGAUAGCAUCUCCCUACGUUCCAGUACAAACAGUUCAAGCAAGCCAAGCUACAGCACCUGUUCAGCCUCAGACAGCAUCAACAAAUAAUUCUGAAUUUUCAGGACAAACCAAAGCCCCACCUGCUUCCCAGCUACAUAACACACUGGGAACUGAACUAUGGGAGAAUAAGAUUGUGCUAAAUGACUUGUCCAAGAAAAUGGGUCAGAAAAAUCUUCCCCAACCACCACCUUCCAGUGCAUGGAGUAAGCCUCUAACAGGUUGUGUGCCACCUACAACACCAGAGGCUUCUAGUCAAGAAACUUCCAUAGACUUGGCAAUAGAAUCAAUCCAGUUUGGAGCCCCUGUUUCUAGCAGCAGUGAUAAUGAAGGUGGUUCUACAUUGUCUGAUAAAGUUACUGAUUCACUACCUGAGCCAAAAGAGCAGAGACAAAAGCAACCACGUGUCGGCACAAUUAAAUCACACAAGAUCACAGAUAUCAGUCUUAUUCAAAAUAAAGGAUACAAGCCAGGUCCUAUUGGUAAAGAGCGAUCUUUGAAAAAUCGCAAAGUGAAAGAGGUACAACAACAAGUAGAGCCAGAAACUCAGGAAAACUCGAUCCCAGCCACAGGGCUGAUGCCAGAACCUGUUCCACAGAAAGAAAGCACAGUAGUAACAGAAGUUACCACGGAAAUAAGCAGCAUACUAUCUGUUUCUGCUCCAGAAUUUGGAACCAGCUCUAAGGACUCUGUAAUCGAUUACACCAGCCCAUCCAGUUCAAUUCCAAAUGUUCCAACUCCAUCCAGCAGCAAAAUAGAUUCUACUCUAGUGUCCAGCGUACCACUGUCUCAUACUCUUCCCCUUCCAAGAAGAGAGACACUCCAACAAAACUCGAGUUUGACACCAGUGUCUCCAGCUACUGUUGACCUUACUCUAAAGAUGGAGUCUGCUCGCAAGGCAUGGGAAAACUCUCCAAGCAUUGGAGAAAAAGGAUCACCAAUCACCUCUGUUGCACCUCCCAGUACCAGCACAGUUGCAGUUGGACCUUCUACAAGCUCCAACAGUGGAGUAGUUGGAGUUUCAGCCAGUAGUAGCAGUGCAGUGUCUCCCACUCAAAACAGCAUACCAUAUAACUCAUUUUCUAGCACAUCUAUUGCCCCAAUACCUGUGGCAUCAGUCACACCAACCACCAAUUUAGCAGGUGCCGUAACAUUUACUACAUCUUCCCAUAGUACAAAAACAUCAACUUCUGACCCACCAAACAUUUGUAAGGUGAAGCCACAGCAACUUCAGAGCAGCAGCAAUCUAUCAUCCUCUAACCAUUUCUCCCAACUCAGUUGCAUACAGUCACUCAUAGCACAGCAGCAGAGCACCCAGGUCUACGUUUCCCAAUCAGCGGCAGGACCUGCAGCUCAGAUUCCUGCCUUCUAUAUGGACACUAGUCACCUCUUCAGCAGUCCGCAUGCACGAUUAGCUCCCCCGACGCUGACACAGCAACAAGGAUUCCAACCAGGACUCUCUCAGAUUCCUAUUCCCAUCUAUGCUCCUCUGCAAGGUCAACAUCAAGCUCAGCUUGGUUUAGCACCUGGCCCAUCUGUAUCUCAAGCACAAGAGUUGUUUACUACUUCCUUACAACCGUACAGGUCCCAACAGGCAUUUCUUCAGAACAACCUAUCUCAGCCCUCUCCUGUUGUCUUAUCUGGAGCUACUCUACAUAACUUCCCUGGGGUUCAACACCAAGACCUAACUAAGGCUCAGUCUAGUAUGGCUUAUCAACAGACCUCUAGUGCACAACCUAUUCCUUUCUUAUAUGAACACCAAAUAGGCCAGUCUGGUCUAGGAGGUUCUCAACUAAUUGAUACACACAUUCUGCAGACACGUCAAGGUUUGGGGCAGCAAAACCUUUACUCAGGGCAGGUCCAGCAGACUAAUCAAGCCAACUUUUACAACACAGCUCAGUCUCCUACAGCUCUUCAGCAAAUGACAGUAUCAAUGCAAGGAUCACAGCUGUCAUUGCCCAGCUUUGGCUCUACUACAGGUCAGCCUCUCAUUGCCUUGCCCCAGACCCUGCAACCAGCACCACAGACUCAGCACCAGAAUCUUUCUAGGGCAGGCCAAGUUAGUCAAGGUUACCGUAGCCUCAUACCUACAGGCAGUCAACAUGGUAUUAUGGCCACUACUGCCAAGGUAACCGAUAUUGAUCUUAAACCUUAUGGUGGUGGUUUGGAUUACGUGAAACCUGGUACACCACCUGGAAGAAGCACAACUCCAACAUCAAGUCCUUUUCGCACCAGAUCUACAAGUCCCAACAGUCAGAUCAGCAAAAUAAACAGUCUGGCUUACCAGAAGCACCAGUAUUCUUCAACUGCAUCUAGUAUAAGGCUGGGUCAGGCUCCCUUUCCUACGCAAUUUCCUCCUCAGAUUAUCUCACAGCCUAGCCUUGUCCCUUCAUUGGUCCGAACACCUCACCCAAACACCUUUCAACCUCCAGUUCAACGGCAGCCCAUGGCACUACCUAGUCAGACGCAGCCACAGAUGCCCACAAGUUUGAUGAGUCAUCCUCGCCUUCACCACAUGUCUCGGGCACAUCCUGUUCCACCAUCAAGUGUGCGGGUAACUCCAGCACAUGCUGCUAUGAAGGCUGAACAGGAAUUAAAGGCAAAACAGAGAGCAGAGGUUCUACAAUCAACACAUCGUUUCUUUGAGCAGCAGCAUCAACAGAGCAAACCCUUCCAUCCCAAACUUCCAAACAAUACCGCUGUUUCCACUAAAACUUCAGACACCCUUUCGGAUGCCCCAAUGAUUGCACAGGACAAAGUUGAGAACACCAAACCUGCUUCUCCUUUGGCUCCAGUCAUAGUGCCAGCCUCUGCUAAACCCAUCAGAACUGGACCAAUUAAACCUCAAGCCAUCAAAACAGAAGAGACAAAAUCAUAGAGACAGUUGUUUUCCGUGUUAUGUCAGAAGUAUAACACUGAGAUGAAUUAAUAUUUUUCUUUUUUUUUUUUAAACUAAAAGAUGCAGCAACCUAUAAAUUUGAAUGUGGACUUUAGAAAUGUGCAAAUGAUAACACCACUUUAACACCACUUCCAUUUAAGGUUUUGUAAAUUGAGAAAUAUUUUAUUCAUGGUGGGUCCAACUACGUGCACAUUUUCGAUUUUAUGAAUACAUGAGGGGCUGCAAUUUUGUGCUUACAUGAGGGGCUGCACUUUUCAGUUUGGAUUGACAUGUCACUACUGUAUGGUUAGAAAUUCUGGUAAUGCAGAAUUUAUUUUCAUUGGCCACACUGAGACAGAAAGGGCUUAAAUACAAUGCAAUGUAAUUUGGAAACCCAAACACGCUUUAUGGUCUUGUUUUGGGUUAAGCUUAUUGAUUUUAUCUCACACACUGUAUUUGGCUUUGUAAAAAUGUAUGGUUCCUUUUUAUAAAACCUUAAUUUUGUUUGGGCCUUGUAAUAAAGCAGGCCCCCCCCGACUGACAAGAUUAAAUACUGGAACCAACCAAAUUUCUGCAGUUCUAAAUACACUUAGCCUGAUGCUUUCUAUUUAUUUAAUAGUCUUUGUAAUACAUACAUUCAUGGAAAAAUAUAACUAUAGUUUACUAGUCAGUUAAGAAUAACUAUCCUAGAGGGGAAAAUUACUAGUCCACUCAUAAAAAAAGUCUUAACUCUUAAUAUUAUAAACACAUAUACUAUUAAACUAAUCUGGCUGCAGAUUUAUCUCACCUUUGUUAAAUAUAUAGAAUUUAAACAUAUUGCUGCUUUCUUAAAUGGUUCAGGAACAUUACAAUAUAAUACUGUAAUGUUCUCAAAAACCUACAUGAGACCAAAAAAAUACAUAGAUUCUAUCAAAUCAAUUUAUAACAAAACAAAAAUGAAAAAAAGAAAGGACACAUGCAUGCAUUAGAAAAUUAAUUUGUAAAUGAGAAAGCAUUUUGAGAUUUUUUGGAGCAUGGCUCCCUUAGAAAAAUCAUUUGGUGUUGAAACAGCGAGGUUAGGUAUCUAUAAUGCAAGGAAAAUUGGCAUAGCAAAGUCAUAAAUAUUUACUUCAUACAUAUUGGGUGUAUUUUGCUUUAAAUUAGUUUGCAAAUGUCAGUACUUUCCUUUUAUAUUACAUAAAUUGGUAAACUAAUAUUCUCUGUAUUAUCGAAAUAAAUCUCAAGGUUGUCAUUACAGAUCAUGUGAAAAUAUUGAUGACAAUAAUAGUUUCAGGCAAAAAAAAGCUGCACCUCAGUUUAAUUUUUGUUUGAUCUUUUUAAAUAUAAAUGUUCACGUGUUUUGUUUUUAGCUGUGAUGUUAUUUUUGGAAGUAAAUGAAGGGGAAAUAUUUAGAACUGCUGUUUUCACAUAUCUUAUAUAUUUGGCUUUGUACAAGAUUUGCAACCAAUUUGCUCUACUACCCCAUUUUCCAACAAUGUGUUUAGAGGGAAAACGUUAAAUGCAUUGUAUUAAAUACUUAAGUUCUUUAUUUACAUUACCAGGUUUCAUUACAAAAUCUAAUAAAAUAUGCUUUAAAGGUAUUUGUGUCUGUUACACAUGUAUUGUACCUUUAUUCUAAUGAUUAGCUAUUCAGAUAUGAUUUAUUAAACUUGAUUGUAUAACUUGC